UUCGGAACAUCGAUUUAUUCCAGUGGACACUGGAACUGAAACUACGACUUUAAUUUGCAGAGGUGACUGAUGUAAUCAGAUGAAUUUUGCACCCCAUGUCAUGUGGCUCUAGUCAGAUUCUGAAUGAAGCUGAUGUGAAAACAAAAACACAACCGCUUGAAUAGACCGGCGCUAAUAAAUUGCGGCUAAAUAUUGAUAUUUUGUGUUGUUUUGAUGUAGGCCUUAGGCAGCAGCAGUCAGCAUUAUUUUCAUAUGUUUAAAUACAUGUCUUCAUAGCCAGGGAGUUGGUGAAAUUCAAGAAUCAUGUUAUUAAGACAAGGAAUCUGUUUGUUGUUUAUUAUUUAUGUUACGUUUGUUGGUUGUUAUCCGGGUGAAGAGAAGCAUGAUAUCGGAACUCUGGCUGGUGAUGUUCAAAACUGGGCCAUGUUAAUACAGAAUUACAUCCUACAGUUGGCAAGCGAUGGUAUUAAACGUGAUUUAACGCAGAGUUAUCUCGAUCAAGCUAAUUAUACGUAUGAGAAGAAAAAUGUAGAAGAAAUUGUACAAACAGUUAAAUUAACUCUGGGUGAUUAUUUUAGCAAGAAGAAACGUGCUGCUGAGCGACUGGCUGAGAAAGUUCGAGAAAUUCAUGAUGAUUUUUUACGCUCCAACUCGUCAAUUAAUGCUAAAGUGUUAAAAGACAUCGAUGAGCGUAUAUAUCGUGAUUCGGAUAUCCCAUCAAGAUUACCCCAUGAUAUCAUCUUUAAUCCAUAUUUCAGACAAGGUGUGAGUUUAAAACAGUCGUCCAUCAAGCUACCAGAUGAGGUGCCGAGAAACGAUCGGGAUGUUAUUAAUACCGUUUAUUUUACAGCCAGACUUGAAGAAACUUUUCUUAAAAAUGCUAAAGAUGAUCCCCUGUUACGGUGGCAGUAUUUUGGAUCAACGACUGGAGUGAUGAGAUUGUAUCCAGGGAGAGAAUGGUCAACUAAUUUUGCUGGUUUCUAUAACGACUAUGAUGCCAGGAUACGACCAUGGUAUAUAGCAGCUACAAGUGGACCUAAAGAUGUGGUUAUUAUUCUAGAUUGUAGUUUAUCAAUGAAAGGAGAAAAGUUUUCUAUUGGUAAAGCUGUGGCUAAAACUGUCAUCAACACCUUAACUAAACAAGAUUAUGUUAACGUCAUCUGUGCUCGGGCCAGUCAUUGGGAUGAAGUCGGAAAAUGGCAUUUUUAUAAUACAGAAUCACUGAGUUGUGUACAGACAGAUUUGGUGCCGGCUACUAAUUCACAUCGUAAAGAUCUCAUAGAAAAAAUAGAUAAAUUAAGAGCUGGUGGAACAAGUGAACUUCAGAAAGGUUUUGAGCAAGGGUUAGAUUUACUACAGAACCCUAGAACUGGUUGUCAAUCAUUGAUUGUCUUCGCCACGGAUGGUAUUGAUACAGAUGGGGAAGAUGUUCGCUGUGGUCCAGGAUAUUAUACUAGAAGUGGCUAUGUACCAGGACCUAUAUGUAAAUAUAAUUAUAGUGAUGUCUGGGAACUGGUUUUAAAUAGAAACAAAGAUCUUACACCGCCGGCCAGAAUAUUCAGCUACCUGAUUGUUGAAGACGCUGAAUUAUUCCCCGGCAAUUUAUCGUGUAGAAACAACGGCAGUAUAAAAAAACUCAUGACGGGAGAAAAUCUGAUUUCACAAAUGAGCAACUAUUUUGAGUUUUUAUCUGCGAAUGCCAUGAGUAGUGAAGCGUUGUGGACAUCACCGUAUUUGGAUGCGUGGGGAUUAGGUCUCAUGAUAACUCAUGCCAUUCCUGUACUUAGUGGAAUAACGGGCAAAUAUAUUGGAGUUGUUGGUAUCGAUGCUACUUUAGAUGAAAUUGAGAAUUUUCUAACCAAACAUCAAUGGGGUUCUGUUGAUUCAUUUCUCAUCAACGACCAAGGGGAGACUAUCUUCCAUCCUCGUCUAAAACCGAGUAAAAAGUUACUGGAUGACCCAAUCUUUAUCCCGAUCUCCCGGUUAGAACAAGAUAAUAAUGGUAACCCAUCAGAAUUCUCCACCAUUUUACGUGACAUGAAAGCCGGGAAGACUGGCACUAUUAGAAUAGAGAAGGCUAAAGGUGGUAAACCAAGGAAUUAUUAUUAUGCAGCCCUAAAUAAUUCAGAAUAUUCGUUUGCCUUCAGUUUAGCCGAUACUGACAUGGAAUUUCGUAGAUCACAGGAACCGUUAGAUCGAUCAAAAUAUGAUGAGAGUUAUUACAACCUGUUGAAGGAGUACAAGGGGAGACUACUCAAGGAGAGAUUUCCUGGGUUAUGGAAGAAGAUUGACAUCAGAGAAAAUGAAAGACGUUAUCCAGGUCUGAGAAUAACCUACAAACAUUCAACAAUUUUCUUGGCUCCGAAGGCCCACUGUGAUCCCACUAAAUAUAUGUAUAACGAUAACCUAGCGAUGAAAACUUACGAAGCCCAUAUAUGGAUUAACGGGAACCAAACAGAUCUGGGUUGUGAAUCAGGAAAACAGAAGUUUAACAAGGGAGUCAGGGCUGAUGUGUUAAUUACACAACCAAUAGAAGAAAUCUGGAGAACAAGAGAUUUUGAGUCGAUCAAUCAAAUAAAAUGGACGAAUGUUGGUUUACGUAGCGGAGUUUUUAGAACAUAUCCUGGUCAUAGAUCGUCACGUGGAUACGAUCCUACCAAACGUCCAUGGUACAAACGAACCAGCUCAGCUCCGCAUAAAACAUCUAUAUCAACACCUUAUAUGGACGCUGCUGGUGUGGGAAAGAUUAACACGAUAUCCCAGGCCGUGUUUGAGGGCAUGACACCUAAAACUGAUCGAGAAUGUGAGGUAUUUAAAGGAAGACCACUACCAGGCGGCUGUAAAUGUGACCUUGACAGUGAUUGCAUGACAAAGGUAUGUUAUUUGAGUAAAGCUCCAGGUCCAAACGCAGAUCAUCGACGGUGUUCUACGGAACGUGUUGAAGCUGUAACAGGAUUGGAUAUUCUCUAUGAUGAUUUCCAGAAUAAAACAAUGGGUUCGAUGCAGGCCAGUGAUUUCCGUAAAUCAUGUCAACAAGUUUAUACGUGUCGAGAUGGCGAACCUGGUUGUGAAACAAGGUGUUAUUUGUUUGAUAGUAGCGCAAAACUUGUCAUGGAUCCUGAUUUUCUAUUGGCUAAUAAUUUAGAUAAGAGUAAAUAUGAUGGUGUGACUUUGGGUCGUAAAGAAGGAGAGGUGAUGAAACACCUGAUUUACGAACAUGGCUUUAUCAAGCGAAAUUUAGACAUGGAUUUUCAGGGAUCUUGUCGAAUAUCUCCGUUAGCCCCAAAGGUAACAUUAGAAGGAAUACCUAAAACACCUGAAGAAUCGGAUGAUUAUUAUAGAGAUCGUGGUCCUAUUCCGAAAUUUCACAGUGAUUUCGGUUGUAUACAAGAUGUUGUUAGUUUCUCAACAGUUGAUGAUAAAUUAGGUUCAAGUGGUAUGAUUACAGGGAAUGUAUCGGGUCCGUGUAUGUCCGGCUUUUAUUAUGUGACGGCUCUCCCUAAAACAAACCUUUAUUUACUGGUUAUAGAAGACUGGAACCACUAUCGGGAGACACUAUUCUAUAACUUUAACUGUAAAAUAACACGAAGCGUGGUGAAUUCUGGAGCUUAUCGUAUCAUCAACGGAACAUGUGCUCAUGAAGAUGAUACAACAUCAACUCUAGCUCAACGAGGAAAAUGUCCGGUCUUAAAAAAUAUCACCAUGCCAUGUACAUAUACAGCAGCCAAUCAGAUCUCAGUUUCUCAUUUUCUUUUAAUCACAGCAAUAUUACUCGCUUUUGUAAAAUUCUAAAUUGGCACUAAUUUAUUCACUAAUUUUAUAAUUUGUUUUGAGCACUUGUUAUUUUUUUAUCUAAAUGUUAAAGAGAAUUUAACAAAGAGGUUUUAAGUAGAAUGAAAUUUUUAGCAAUGUGUGGACAUAUUAUUGACAGUUAUUUAUUCUAGUUAAAACUGGAAAGGUCUGUCAUUGAGUCUAGUGGAGUGGGUUCAAUUUCCUUAUUGUAUGUGACAAGGAAUAGGGUCGUGGGUUUUCUCUGGGUCCUUUGUUUUCCUGCCACUGCUAAAAAUCCCUAUGUGCAAGCGAAUUAUUGAAACCUCACCUUGUUUGUAUCGAGUGGACCAUAAACCCAUCUUAAACCCCGUAAUCUCUAUCAUAAUAUAGCUGACCUGAUAACUUCCUAAAAGCAGACUUAUAUCUCGACCCCAAAAUGACUUGGUGGAUUUAAAAUGUGAGAGAGUAAUUUUAGUCAGUCGGACAUCAAAUUUUGUACUAUUUUUCCAAAAUGAUCACCUGCAGCGAUAAAAUGGCUGAGCUGUGAGAAUGAAUAGCUUUUGUGAUAUUUAGCCAGUAAUUAUGUUAUACUCGUACAUAUUUUGGUUCAGUGUUUAAAAUAGUUGUAUACAGAUAGUGGAUGAUCUCUACUCGAUAAAUACUGUAUUUCUAUAUUCCUGUGUUAAACAAAAUAACUGGGCCAUGAGGAUGAAUAGCUUUUGUUAUAUUUAAUUUGUUAUAUUCAUGUAUAGUUUGUUCUCAGUGUUUAAAAUAGUUGUAUACUGGACUGGUAGUGUGUCAAUCUGUGUUUUAAUCAGUCAGUAGGAUAAAUACUCUACUUCUACUUUCCUGUGUUUAAAGAAAAUUGUGUAAUACACAGACUAGUUUUAUUGUAAUAUAAUAUCAAAAACAACGAUCAAUGAUAUAGAUAUUGUGUAUAAAUAAACAAAUAAAUCUAGUUUUCAAAUAUUUUUGUUAAAUUGGUAAUUAAUGGAAAUAUCAGAAAAAAAAUCGGGACAGUCAUUUUUACAAAAAACCAGGCCUAGAAAUUUGCAAGAUUUUUGCAGACAUGAAUGUUUAAUUUUCUUUAAAAGCAGAUUCUCAUCUGGAGAUUCUCGGUAGCUUCAAGCAGAGAUCAGCAAAUUAUAGAUUCUUGUAGAAUCAACCUGUAUUUAUUUUGUUAAGAUUUUUGUUUUUAUUCCAAAGAUUGAAAUACUCUGAUCCUUUUAAGAAGAGAAAGGCUGGUGAUAUAUAUUGUACAAUACAAUUUUACUUUUACCCAUAUGAACAAUUGGGAAUGUAUACACAGAGAAAAAAGUUAAGCACCCCUCUGUAUUUUUAACAAUGACUUGUCUUAGAGGCUUGAAACUCUGAUAAUAUAACCUUGGAGAGAAAAAUGUUGUUUGAAAUAAUAGAUCUUUGAUAAUAAGAAAAUACAAAGAGUUUAUCCAGUUCUAAGAUUUCAAGCAUGAUUCUGAGAAGAAUUCCAAGAUCCCGUAUUUGAGCCCAAAACAGGAGUCAGAAUAAAUAUAGAGGUGCAGGGUCAGAAACGCCAUUCAACAUCGUGAUUUACGAUGAAAAAUAUCAUUUUAAGUCCAUAGAUGACAUUAACCAUCAAUGGGAGAUAAACUUACUGGGGAUGACUAAAAGAUUUUCUUUGUGUAAAUUUUUAAAUUUAGAUUAUUAGAAUAUAUUUGUUUUUUUAUUAUUUUUUAUUUUCAUGUUAUUUUCAUAGUCAUAGAUAUAUUGUUUUAGUCGUAGAUAUAUUGUGAUAGUCAAAGAUGUAUUGUUUUUAUUUUCAUGUUAAUAUUGUGAUUGUCAUAGAUAUAUUGUUUUUAAUUCCUUUUAUCAACAAUUUUUUUUGUUUAUUGACAUUCCUAUGUGCAAUAAUUGGGUGUUUAAAUCCAACAUAACUGUCAUAUCUAAACGGACAGACAUAAUUAUUGUACAAUAUUUUAUAAUAAAAU